CAUGAAGCUUACGAUUGCAUUUAUUUUUGACAUUUUCCUGUUAAUAGAAUGCAAUAGGCAGAUUAUCGUCAGCACUAAAACUGGAAAAGUCAUGGGUAAAACAAUUAAUAUUUUAGGCAGAGAUGUUCAUGCCUUUUUAAGUAUUCCCUAUGCGAUUCCUCCGAUCGGUCAAUACAGAUUUUAUUCUUCUCUGCCUAAAGUAUGGAAAAUCGUUUACAAUGCCACAGAAAAACCGCCCUCCUGCGUGCAAUGCCCAUUGAUACCGGAAUUCCCAUGGGUUCCAGAUUUAGAAAAUAUGAGCGAAGAUUGCCUUUACAUGAAUAUUUGGGUUCCUGCCGAGAACAAAGAACAAUCUCCGUUAUCGACAAUGGUGUGGAUUCACGGAGGAGGAUACAAUACGGGAUCGUCGAAUCUGGAUGUCUACGACGGAGGGGUGAUGGCGUCGUUAGGUAACGUCAUAGUGGUAUCUUUUAACUAUCGGCUAGGUCCGUUUGGAUUUCUUUAUUUUGAUCCACGUUUGACUAAUAAUAACGAUGCACUGAGGGAUCAAUUACUCGCUCUCAAAUGGAUCAAACACAACAUAGAAGCAUUCGGAGGUAAUAGUAAGGAUAUCACAUUAUUUGGACAAGAUGCGGGAGCGUGGUCGAUAGGUUAUCAUCUAAUUUCUCCUCUAUCUCGCGGACACUUCAAAAGGGCAAUAAUGCAAAGUGGAAGCAUUUAUCAUCCUGCUUUAACUACAGAUGUAGAUAAUAGUUUAUGCAUGAGUUUAAAAAUAGCAGGUUUGCUUGAUUGUGCUGAAAGCAAUGAUGGUGCAAUUAAACCUUACAGAAACAUAAUUGAGUGUAUGAAAGAAAAAGAAGCAUCAGAUAUAAGUUUUGCUGAAAAAAAAAUCUUGUUUGAGAAGUAUCACUUUCUAGACUUGCUUCCGCAAUAUGGAAGAAGUUUUUUACCCAGCAAUCCGAUUGAUAGUUUCGACUCCAUCAAGUUUAACGAUGUAGAUGUCAUGUUAGGUAAUGUAGCAGACGAAGGAUCGCUGUUUCUUGCGCUAUAUAACAAAAAACUUAUACAACAAAGGAACCCGAGAAUGACGAAGCACGAGGUUGUAAAAUUCUUUGGAGACAGUACUGGAUAUGAUCAAGCUGCACUCCAACCCAUCAUAAAACAGUAUUUCGAAAAUGUUCCUGACGGUGACUUUCCAACGAUUAUUAAACGAACACAUCAGGUGAUAAGCGAUUCGAUGUUCAAGUGUCCUACAAAUUUCCUGGCAGAGAAGCUUGCAGAAAAGAAAUUCAACGUAUUUCAUUACACUUUCAAGCACAGAAGCAGCACAAAUAUAUACCCAAGAUGGACCGGGGUACCUCAUUUCGAAGAAGUUCAAUUCGUAUUUGGUGUUCCUCUAUUGAAAACAAACGAAUACACCGUCGAAGAACAAGAAUUCAGUAGAAAUCUCAUCGAACUUUGGACUUCGUUCGCUAAAACUGGGUAA